UUUAAACAGUCCAUUUAGGUUGCUAUAAGUUGAAACACACGCUGUUGUUCACCUCGUAGGUGCGUUCCCUCUGAAAUUUUAACUCUGCUGUCCACCAUAAGUUUGGCUGCAUGGUUUCUUAUUAACAUAUAUCCAAAAAUUGCACAUAGUUGUGUCUGACAUCCUUUUCCCGAACUGUUUUUUUUUUUUUUACAGUUUUGUACCCUUGUAUUCAUCAGUCAGCACUUAGCAGUCAGUUGCUGUCUUAGUUUCUGAAUCUUCUGUUCACUGCAAACUAGUACUCAGGAUGAAACUUCUUCCUUAUUCACAUGUACGGCCAGUGGGUUUCUAAAGGUACGAGAUGGCUCUCACGAGAAUUGGUCUUGCCGGCCUUGCGGUCAUGGGGCAGAACCUUGCCCUCAACAUUGCGGAGAAAGGAUUCCCCAUCUCUGUCUACAAUAGGACGACCUCCAAGGUUGAUGAGACCGUGCAGCGUGCUAAACUGGAAGGAAACCUCCCCGUGUUUGGUUUCCAUGACCCUGCAUCCUUUGUGAGCUCCAUCCAGAAGCCGCGUGUCGUCAUCAUGCUUGUCAAGGCUGGGGCGCCAGUCGACCAGACCAUUGCCACGCUCGCAGCACACUUGGAGCAGGGCGACUGUAUCGUUGAUGGGGGCAAUGAAUGGUAUGAGAACACGGAGAGGAGGGAGAAGGCGACGGAGGAGCGUGGGCUCCUAUAUCUUGGCAUGGGUGUUUCCGGAGGAGAGGAGGGUGCCCGCAAUGGCCCGUCCUUGAUGCCCGGAGGUUCAUUUGAGGCAUACAAGUAUAUCGAAGAUAUUCUUCUCAAGGUGGCUGCCCAGGUCCCUGACAGUGGCCCGUGCGUCACGUAUAUUGGCAAAGGUGGAUCAGGCAAUUUUGUCAAGAUGGUUCACAAUGGAAUCGAAUAUGGUGACAUGCAACUGAUCGCUGAGGCGUAUGAUGUUCUCAAGUCAGUUGGUAAGCUCACGAAUAGUGAACUGCAGCAGGUGUUGUCCGAAUGGAACAAGGGUGAGCUCCUCAGUUUCUUGAUUGAGAUCACAGCCGACAUAUUUGGCAUCAAGGAUGAGCUGGGUGAAGGCUACCUGGUUGACAAGGUCCUGGACAAGACUGGGAUGAAAGGAACUGGGAAAUGGACGGUGCAGCAGGCUGCUGAACUCUCCGUGGCUGCUCCUACAAUUGAAGCAUCCUUGGAUUCCAGGUUCCUUAGUGGGCUGAAGGACGAGCGGGUCGAAGCUUCCAAAAUCUUCCAAGGUGACUACUCUACUGGCCUACCAGUGGACAAGGCACAGCUGAUCGAAGACGUCAGGCAAGCUCUGUACGCCUCAAAGAUUUGCAGCUACGCGCAGGGCAUGAACAUCAUCAAGGCCAAGAGCUCAGAAAAAGGAUGGGGCCUCAAUCUUGGUGAGCUAGCAAGGAUCUGGAAGGGAGGGUGCAUCAUCCGCGCCAUCUUCCUCGACCGCAUCAAGAAGGCCUACGAUAGGAACCCCAACCUUGCCAACCUCCUAGUGGACCCUGAGUUCGCCCAAGAGAUCAUGGACAGGCAAGCUGCCUGGCGCAGGGUCGUCUGCCUCGCCAUCAACAAUGGCGUUAGCACCCCAGGCAUGUCCGCGAGUCUGGCCUACUUUGACUCCUACCGGAGGGAUAGGCUGCCUGCCAACCUGGUGCAGGCGCAGAGGGACUAUUUUGGGGCUCACACCUACGAAAGGGUCGACAUGCCUGGUUCUUUCCACACUGAGUGGUUCAAGAUUGCGCGCAACUCCAAGAUCUGAGCUGCUGCUCCACAGCCGGCACACCACGACACAAGAAGACAUGGUUUUAUGGUUUCAUGGUGCUCGGUGUUGAGUAAUCAGUUACAUAUCACUUGCAGGGGAGGAACUUUGGUUAAAUCUUAUUUACAUCCGCAAUACUUAAUUUAUCCGUUUCUUCUUUUCUUGUAAGCACUGAGCAGUCCGGGAUGGAGAACAUUUAUAUUUUCCGGAACUUCUCUGUUGAUCUUUGUAAGUUUAUUACAUGAACAAAAGCAUUUUGGCGUGCUUGUGUUUUAGUUA